AUGUUAGAAAAAAAGUUUGCUGACAUUGACAAGAAAUUUGAGAAUGUUUUAAACAAGAACAAGAGGAAGUUGGAAAAUGCUCAGAUAAAACCCAUACAUGACAAGUUCUUAUUUGCUCAGAAUGGUAUAACAGGUCUAAUUGCACCACCUGGGUCGGGUAAGACUUUCACUUAUCUUAAAAUGGCUGCACAACAACAAGAACUAGAUGAGAAGAACCCAUUCUAUGAGUUAGUAGUCAUUUGUUCGACUUCUGGUCAAUUUGACCAAACCGUCAAUUCGUUCAAAGAUAUUAUAAAGAAGUCUAAGUUAGUAUGUAUAAAAGAUACUGAGUUGUUAGAUUGGAUAAAGAAGUACCAAAGAAGAGUUUUGAAGUACAAUGCUAUAAAUGAGUAUGUCAAUUCUAAGUUUAAAGACCCAAAUGAGGAAAUGCAGAGAAUAUUAGAGAAGAAACACUUCAGAAACAAACAGAAAGAGAUAGAAUACAUUUCGAAGAAAUUGCAAUCUUACGAUUGGAAGACUUACCCUCACAGA